AUGGUCAAAUAUGUGCUGGUUACAGGUGGCGUGGUCAGCGGCCUAGGCAAGGGCGUCACGGCCUCAUCCAUUGGAGUGCUGCUCAAGGCAUGCGGGCACAGGGUGACGUCGAUCAAAAUUGACCCGUACCUCAAUGUGGACGCCGGCACCAUGUCGCCCUUUGAGCAUGGCGAGGUAUUUGUGCUUGACGAUGGCGGCGAGGCUGACCUGGACUUGGGAAAUUAUGAGCGCUUCUUGGACAUCAGCCUGUCUCGGGACAACAACCUCACCACUGGAAAGGUGUACCAGGCAGUGAUUGAGCGGGAGCGGCGUGGUGACUACCUGGGCAAGACGGUGCAGGUGGUUCCUCAUAUCACUGACGCCAUUCAGGAUUGGAUUGAGCGUGUGGCACAUACGCCCGUGGAUGGCCGCGAUGGUGUGCCAGAUGUGUGCGUGAUCGAGCUGGGCGGCACUGUGGGUGACAUCGAGUCCAUGCCCUUCAUUGAGGCGCUGCGCCAGUUCCAGUUUCGCGUUGGUGCGGGCAACUUCUGCUGUGUGCAUGUCAGCCUGGUGCCGGUGAUUGGCGUGGUGGGCGAACAGAAGACCAAGCCCACGCAGCACAGCGUGGCCACGCUACGGAGCCUGGGCCUCAACCCGCAGCUGCUGGCCUGCCGAAGUAGCGAGCCGCUUCAGGACAGCGUGCGAGAGAAGCUGGCCUCCUUCUGUCACGUGCCAGCGAGCCAGGUGCUGACCAUGCAUGACGUGUCCAACAUCUGGCGCGUUCCACUCAUGAUGCAAGCGCAGGGCGCGCACACUACCAUCUGCCACCUGCUGGGGCUGGGCGGCGCGGCGCGCAUCGACACCAGCCUGUGGAAGCAGAAGAUUGCAGACAAGUGGGACAGUCUCAAGGAGCCGGUGUGCAUCGCAAUGGUGGGCAAGUACACAGACCUGAGCGACGCUUACCUGAGCGUCACCAAGGCCCUGCAGCACGCGUGCAUGGCGGCCAACCGCAAGCUGAAGCUGGAGUGGGUGGAGGCAUCCAAUCUGGAAGAGUCGACGCGCGGCGAAGACGCGACGGCCUACGAAGAUGCGUGGGCCAAACUGCGGGCGGCAGAUGGCAUCCUGGUGCCUGGCGGUUUUGGCGGGCGCGGCGUGGAGGGCAAGAUCCUGGCAGCCAACUAUGCGCGCACGCAUGACAAGCCCUACCUGGGUAUCUGCCUGGGCAUGCAGAUUGCCGUGAUUGAGUUUGCACGCAAUGUGCUAGGCAUGGAGGACGCCAACAGCACAGAAUGGGACCAGGCCACUGGGCACCCCGUGGUGGUCUUCAUGCCAGAGGGUUCAACCACCCACUUUGGCGGCACCAUGCGUCUGGGUGCGCGGCGCACAGUGCUGCAGACCGUGGACUGCAUUGCCGCCAAGCUGUACCAGUCGGAGCAGUAUGUGGAUGAGCGACACAGGCACAGGUAUGAGGUGAACCCCGAGCUGGUGCCCCAGUUUGAGGCGGCGGGGCUGCGGUUUGUGGGCAAGGACGACACAGAGACGCGCAUGGAGAUUGUGGAGCUGGCAGGACACCCCUUCUUUGUGGCGGCACAGUUCCAUCCUGAGUUCAAGUCGCGGCCCUUCAAGCCCUCCCCGCUCUUCCUGGGCCUCAUUUUGGCCUCCUCGGGCAAGCUAGACCACUUUCUAAGCGGCCGUGCCACCCCUGUGGCCUCUCCCGCCAAGACUGGACUGAGGCAGUUAGAAAACGGGAUUGGGGGGCAGGUGGAGAAGCUGAGCCUCAGUGCGAGCGCGCUGUCGGCCGCCAAGCUGCAGCUAUAA